AAUGGUAUGGUUUUAUCGAAAAAAAUCGACUUUUAUAGCCCUAUUCAUUUUUAGUGUUAAUUUUGCCGUUUGCAUUCAUGCACUAUUAAAUUAUUUAGUUUUUAUUCAUCUCCUACGAAUUGAUAAACAAAUAAGAUCUCAUCAUUAUUGGCAAAAUGUUGCCAGGCAGACAAAUACCUCCACCUAUAUCCCAGGAGAAUCCCCUGUGGGUCUCUUGGCAUGAUACACAAAUUAUGGCCUCAUUGGACCCAACAAAUGUCAUGGAUUACUUUUGCCGCAAAUCAAAUCCAUUUUAUGAUCAUUUGAGCAAUAAUGAAAUAAUUCGUAUGCAACGUUUAAGUUUGGACAACUUGAACAAUAUGGUUGGUGUGGAGUACAUUUUACUUCACGUCCACGAGCCCAUCUUAUAUGUGAUUCGUAAACAACACAGACACAAUCCGCGGGAAGCAACACCAAUGGCUGAUUAUUAUAUUAUUGGUGGCACUGUUUACAAAGCACCUGAUUUAGGGAAUGUUAUAAGCUCACGUAUUCUUUCAACAGUUACAAAUCUGCAGUCAGCAUUUGAGGAGGCCAGUAGUUACUCACGCUAUCAUCCGAAUAAAGGAUAUACCUGGGAUUUCAGUUCCAACAAGCAGCUUGCUGAUAAACAUAAAGCUGCAGCAAAGAAAGAGACCACAGCCAAAGAUGAUAGUGGUACUGUUUUUCAAAUGCAAAGAGUUGACAUGUUGUUAGUCGAAUUAUUGCGUAAAUUCCCUCCACCAAUACCUCCAAUAAUACAUCAACAACAACAGCUUCAAGACUCGAAACUUAACAGCCAAGAAGGUAACAGUGGAAAUAAUCCCUCAGAUACAAGUCCAACAGGUGGUAAUCAGCAAGCCAUAGAUAUUAAACAAGAAAAUGUCGAUAUGAAACCACCUCCAGAGAAAAAACCAAAAAUAUAAGGCCAACACAAAUAAAAGUAGAGAGAUAAAACUAUUUUGUAAUUAUAUUUAAAUAUUAGAAAGAUAUUUUAUUUAAGCGUAUUAAAAUUAUAAAAUUAAAGGAAAUCCAUUUAUUAUAAGGAAA